AGAAAUGGAUCAAAGUGUCAGAAAUGUUCUUAAGAACUAUACACAGGACUUCUGGAUUGGUGCAUAUUCAAAGAAGAGAUGGUUUUGGGCAGACAGCGGCCAGGAGCUGCAGUGGACGUCCUGGGGACCAAACGAACCGAACAACAACGGUCACGUGGAGGACCGCGUGAUGCUCUGGCGGCAAUUUCGUUACGAUUGGAAUGACGAAGAAGCAAACAAGCUCGGCGUUCACAGAGUACGAGAAGGACACUGGGAAAAGUCGUCUGCUGUUUGUGAAUUUACCAAUGUUGACAAAUGCCCGGAUACAACAAAGUGUAGCUACGGUCACCAUUUCAAUGGUUCCUGCUACUGUUUGGAACUUCGACCUUAUUCAUCAAGAAAGCACGGGUUUACCUGGGACAUGGCCAGGACGUUCUGUACUUCGAGAGGGGCUCGUCUUGCCCACGUUGAAAACCAAGCUACGAUGGAAUUCCUGAGGUCUGUUCUGCUGAAUGUGGAGAAUGUGUAUAAGAGGAAGGAAUAUGCCAACAACUACUGGAUAGGAGCCAUGUGGAACAGGACAGAGCCAUACAGCUGGUCCUGGGAUAAUGGUGAGUGA